UAUGCUCUGUGCGGCAGGCUUCACUGCCUUGGCUCAGCAGAGCAUCCAACCUCUCCAUCAGCAUCGCCGCCUGCACCUCAGCAUCAGCACCAACACCAACAGCUGACAGGUCUGUGAGAGGACUCAGGACUUUACAAGCAGAUUUGCAUUGAAUGAUGUGGCUGCAGAAGCCGGUGACGUCCUGGCACUCACUCUGCUGGGUGUUUACAGGACUCGCAGUGUCAAAGAGUACCUUCAUGAUGGAGAUGGGCAGCUCGGGGUUUUUCAACAGCCCAACAAGCAACAGGUGCUGACACCGGGAGAGGUCCGAGAGGGAAACUUCAAUGUAUCCCGCAAAGGCAGCUCGCAAACUUUGAUUUGUGAGCUGCAGCUGCUUCUCCAUAAGCAUCCUUAUCGCGGGGUUGUUGUGAAACCUGGAAAAGAGGCGUUCGCAGUACCGGGCCCACUGAACAGCUCUGGACAGAGUUUGUUUAUCCCAUCGCUGCACCUCACCGCUCAGCGCCGCCACCGCCAGCAGCUCCGUCGUGCUCGCCACGUUUUUCAGCACCGCCUCCAUGUGGCGCUCUCCGCGUCCACAGGUCAGCCUCUGAGCGCUGCUGGUGGACGCUCACUGAGAGAGAAGCACACAGUUCAGCUAAACAUUCACCCAAAACUGUCUUCUGCCGCCGACACACUGCAAAACGUUAUCGUUAAUAGGCUAGCUAGCGGGUUAGAAACAGGUUAGCUAACAACAACAACAGCAACAGUUAACAUAACUUAGAUUCGAGCAACAGCACAGGGCUUCCGGUGGCACGUUUCAAAACAAAAUUAUUUGUAACGAAUGCUGUUUCAUAUUAUAUCCAGCGUUGACAGUAUGACAAGCUAUCAAAGGGAUAUUUAGUAGAAAUUAACAUACUUAUGUUUUUCCUUUACUCGCGUACCCCGGCCGCUUGUUUGUCCCGCUUGUACUACUGCGCAUGCGUCCUUGAGUGCGAAGCCUUGGCAAAUGUAUUUCCUUCAAAGUAAAAGCCGCAGAGUAACACCAGCAACACGCACAGAAAAAGUGCAGAAUUGAGGUAAGCGAAACUCAGUAUACACACAUUUGGAUUUUGUUUCUAUGGUUUACUUUCUCACAAACAUAAUAAUGUAGUUCAUUCCCUAUAUUACAUCAACACUAUUGUAAAAACAAAACCCAUCUAAUUAGAUAAAAAACGUAAUUAAUGCAUGACAAUAAAGCAAUUACCUAUUUUAUUUAUUUGGGGUUGUGUCUGCUUCAUUAUGAUUUAUUUACAAAAUUAACAAAACAGUGUCAUUUGAAUUUAGUAUUCAUGAUUUGAUAUAGUCAGGGUCUGUCAGUUGGAUCAGAUUACAUGGGCACACAGAAAAAAAUGGAAAUCCAUUUAAUCAAAGUAUAUCGAAGGAUUGAAUUUCUGGGGCUGACCUGCUGAAUGCAGUCCAGAAAUGUCAUAUUGAGGCAACACAAAGCGGAGCGAAAGAGGCACUGCCAGCAGGAUCAAACUUCCCUCCCAUCAGCAGCAGCGCGAGUUUAUGUGUGUGUGUGAGUGCAUUCAGAUCCUUGUGCAAAUGCGCAGCGGUCCACAUUGGUUCAGUGUUUUGGAGACUAACCUGUCGGUCGGUGCACCGUGGUGAAAAGCAUGAAAACUGGGAUCCAGCAGCUCUCAGGACGAGUGAGAGGAAGGUGCGCACUAACGAGCUGAACCCUCAGGGCGAGCACAGGCCGUCAAAAGGGAACCAUGUGCAGCUUCCUGAGCCCCAAACAGCCCAGUGGCCCCGGCUUCACAGAUAUGCAGCAGUAUCAGCAGUGGCUGGCCAGUCGACAUGAAGCCAGCCUGCUGCCCAUGAAGGAAGACCUGGCCCUGUGGCUCACUAAUAUCCUCGGUCUGGAAAUCACCGCUGAGAGUUUCAUGGAUCGCUUAGACAAUGGCUUCCUGUUGUGCCAGCUGGCUGAGACACUACAGGAGAAGUUCAGGCAAAAUGAUGGAGACAUGUCUGCCUGUGGCAACAGCAAGCAGAGUAUUCCCUAUCGGAGGAUACCAUGUCGGCAGAGCGCUCCCUCCGGUUCCUUUUUUGCCCGAGACAACACAGCUAACUUCCUGGCCUGGUGUCGUAAGGUUGGAGUUGGAGAAACAUGUCUGUUUGAGUCAGAGGAUUUAGCAGUAGAUGAAACAACAACAGUUCUUCAUAAGCAGCCGCGAGAAGUCUGCCUCUGUCUUUUAGAGUUGGGGCGGAUAGCUUCACGAUACAACGUGGAGCCUCCUGGCCUCAUACAACUGGAGAAAGAGAUUGAACAAGAAGAAAAAUCACCUCCACCACCUCCAUCACCUGUAUCCCCAGCUCAGCCCCUUCCUCCAUCUCCAUCUCCAUCUUUAUCUCCCUCCCCGUCUCCUUCCCCAUCUCCGACUCCUACCAAAGUCAGUUCCGGCAAGAAAAGUACAGGGAAGCUGUUGGACGAUACUGUAAGAGAUAUCGCUGAUGAUCCCCCCUGCAGAUGUCUGAACAAAUUCUGCGUAGAGAGACACUCACAGGGUCGAUACCGUGUUGGAGAGAAGAUGCUUUUUAUCCGGAUGCUGCACAACAAGCAUGUGAUGGUGCGUGUUGGCGGAGGCUGGGAGACGUUUGAGAGCUACCUGCUGAAACACGACCCGUGUCGCAUGCUCCAAGUCUCCCGGGUGGAGGGCAAGAUGUCCCCCAUCAGCUGCAAGUCCCCCAACAUCAAGGACCUCGCCCCUGACAGCUACCUGGUGGUGGCAGCCCACUACCGCAGCAAAAAGUGAGGACAUGAGACUGAAACGUGCCAUUCAUAACAGGAUGGCUUGUUGCCAUUGUUUACUCCCUAAUGAACGUGCGUAUAUAACAUAUCCCUGUUCUGUAAGAAGCUAUAGUCUUCUUUGGCAACCUGGCAGGUAGACAUUUUCCACAAAGGCAAUUCCCCCUCUUUUCUUAAUUUGCCAUUUGGCUAUUUGUGAUAUUGUUAACCUGCCUUACAUCGAAUACACGGGUGGCUUUAGUGGGCAGCAAACUCAAGUUGCAAAUUGAACUUUAACUAUGACAUUAGAAGAAUAAGUGGAAACUUCACUGUCCAAAGAAAUGUAAUUUACCAAAUCUUUACAUGAUUCACUGCAUAAUUUGCUUGUAAAAACUGCCAAAUCUCCCCUAGAAACCAAACAUUGGGCUUUUUUUUAAUUAUUAGACUAAGAAAUGAAAGCAAUGCUUAGACUGUUAACAUGUUUAAUACCUAUUCUAUGAAAUGCAUUUUUAUACUAUAAUCAUUUUUUUAAAUUCUUCUAUCGUUAUUAGGAUAGCUGCUGUGUUAUAUAAUUUCUAAUGUAAGAAUAUGGACAAUCACCUGUUCAAGACGCAGUAUGUAGUUAAACAGAACCUCAUUGAUUUAUGAUUAAUCAGUAGAUUAUGAUUUGAUGUUCUGCAAUUCUUAAAUUUGUUGCAUGUUACUCAUUUCUAGUUAGUGCAAUAAUUAAAACUUGAUAAUCUCUGUUUAGCUUUUUUUUUACAAUUAAUAGAUAAACUAUAUUAUCGUUCCAUAUAUUACUUUGUGCAACUUUUUCCCUGGAAAAUGAAUAAGUAGAUUUGACAUGAGAUCAUGAGCUAUGCAAACAGACUUGUAUGUGAAUAUAAUUGGUCCAAUUUAUGUUUUAGAUGUACAUUUUUAAUAAAUUCUCAAAACUUUAAUCUUCACAAUUUGAAAUAUAUACUUUGUCUGUAAAGCUUUUGGAAUUUAAACAUUUUAAA